AUGGCAUCGAACCAUUGCCUGAUUUUGUUGAACCUGAUGGAUUUCAAACCUAUAAAUAGAAAGGUAUUAAGAUUUGAAGAAGUUUGGACUACAAUCCCUGCAUCUAUUGUUGUUGUUAAAAAUUCUUGGGAGAAAAAAGUUUCAGGAGAUCCUUCUCAAGCUAUAAAUCAAAAGCUUAAGAGAAUUUUGAGAAACCUUUAUUACUGGAGUAAGGCUAAAUUCAAAUCUUUGAAUUUGUCUAAAGUAGAACCGAAAUCAGAAGUGUUGAGGCUGCAAGAGUUGGAAACUGCAGACGGAUUGAUCCUGGAUCAACUCCAAUGGGAACUUAAAAUCAAAUUGGAAGAACUCAACUCUGUAAUGACUCGGUUAGACACCUGGUGGAAGCAGCGUUCUAAAGUUAAGUGGAUUGUGGAAGGGGAUUCAAAUUCCAAAUUCUUCCAAGCUUAUGCAAGUGGAAGAAGAAAUGGUAACUUCAUUCAUAAAAUUAGGGAAAGAGUCCCUUUUGCAUAA